AUGGCUACCACCAUGCCCGCCCAGCACGGCCACCACGAGGCCUGCUGCAACAUCCCGCCCGUCGUCGCCAAGGGCUACGAAGCCAAGGGCAGCUACGAGGAGAUUGGCAGCAAGAAGACCUACGUCACCGGCCCCGCCGACGCCAAGAAGGCCAUCGUCGUAACAUUCGACAUCUUCGGCUUCUUCCCCCAGACCCUGCAGGGCGCCGACAUCCUGGCCACCGCUGGUGCCGAGAAGUACCGCGUCUUCAUCCCCGACUGGUUCGCCGGCGAGCCGGCCGACAUCGCGUGGUUCCCUCCCGACAACGAGGAGAAGCAGCAGAAGCUCGGCGCCUUCUUCCAGAGGUUCCCUCCGCCCAAGAUUGCCGAGCUUACCCCCGAAUAUGUUAAGGCUAUUCAGUCAAAGUACUCCUCCAUUGAGUCUUUCGCUACCAUUGGUUACUGCUGGGGAGGAAAGGUCGUUUCCCUCGUCACAUCCUCCGACAGCAACCCCUUCAAGGCCGGCGCCGAGGUUCACCCCGCCAUGGUCGACCCCGCAGAUGCCAAGGGUAUCAAGGUUCCCUUGAUCAUGCUGGCUUCCAAGGAUGAGGGAGAGGAGGAUGUCAAGAAGUUCGAAGACAACCUGAGUGUUUCGAAGCACGUUGAGAUCUUCAAGGACCAGAUCCACGGCUGGAUGGCUGCCCGAUCAAACUUGGAGGACGCGCGCGUUAAGGAGGAGUACACUCGUGGAUAUAAGACUGUUUUGGAGUUCUUCGCCAAGAACUUCUAG